AUGUUGCCAUGGCAUUUACCACUUCUGCAGGCUGAGGGCUGGAAAUGGUGUCGCCCAAACUGGACCAGGUUCAAGGGCGGAGACAGGCUGCCGGCGCACGUGGACAGGAGUUACCGCCCCCAUGCCACCACCAUGCAAGACCUCCGCUGGAAAUCCGAAGAUUGCCAGGUCACGGGGAGCAACAGACACAUGUACUUCAGGCGGCCGGUCUUCGGUGGGAUCACGGCGCAGCAGCCUGCGGAGGUACAACAGAGAGCGCCUGUGGGAGCAGCCCAGCAGCAACAACAGCAACUUCCGGAUCAGCAUCCAUAUCAGCAGCCACAGACUGAAGCGGCACAAGAGGGACAUGGUUCGCAGCUUGGGAAUGAAAACGGGGAUCAGAGCUGUGACCCUGGGGACGCAACAACCAACGCAAUUGGCACCCAAACGGACAUGAGAGAGUCCGAGGCACAGACCCUGCCGUGGCAGCCCGAGUGCAUACUUCCCAGCGAGCCGUCGGCCAAGCAGAGGCACCUGUCUACGAAGAGGCACUGCCAGGGCCCUGAGGUGCUGCAACUCCAGGGGCUCACUUUUGGGGGAGGCCUGCCCGCUGGCUUGCAGGAGGUCGACCACAUAGACAAACUGAGGGCGAAAAGGGCAUUCGAGUCCGCCCUGCCGCCCCUGAACUGCUUGGAGCUGCUGCCCCUGAGGCUGAAGAAGAUCGAGGGCUGGGAGACCAAGGAGUGGGAGGAGCGCGAGGAGGAAAUUAUGGGACUGCAGGAAGAGAGGCUUCGGCUGCUCGAUCAGGCAAUUGCGUGCAGGGAGCAGGCGCAGGAUGAGAGGGUGUUGGAGAAGCUUGAGGAGAGGAAGUCACUGGCAAUGGAGAAGCUCCACCAACGACUUGCGGGACUGCAGAAGCGGCGCAAUGCUGUGCUGCGUCAUCUAACGACGUCCCGAAAGAAGGCGGCGCAGCGGGGCAAACCUGCGCGGACGUGGGUGCAAAAGUACGCGGAUUCGGGGUCCAACAUAUACGCUCCUCUGCAAAGGGAGGGGAGGUUUCCUCACAGCAGGCCCAAAGGGCAAGAGAUUGCCACUGAGGCGUUUCAGCCGCAGGACCUGAAGCGCCUGGGCGAUCUGGAGAAAUCCAUGGCUGGCGCUCUAACGUUCGUGGCAUCCAAGGCGCGCUCAAAAGCAGACCGUUUGGCUGCCAAAGAGAAGAAGAGAAAGGCAUUGCUGGAGAGAUUGGAAAGCAUCUACCAGCGGCUGGAGACGGCCAAGGACACCGCCGGGAGAGGCAGCGAUGAAGCCUGGCCGUGCCCACUGUUGGAAGCGGAUGCGAACAAGAGAUCGAAUAAGGGUGGGCUCAAAUACGCAG